UUUGAUACUUCAAACAUAAACACCAACACCAACCCCACAACCCUCACCAUCACCACCGCACCAGGAGGAACAACAGUAGGCUCGUCUUCCACCUCCCCUACCACGCUAAGCCGCUACGAAAACCAGAAGCGCAGGGACUGGAACACCUUCGGCCAAUACCUGAGGAACCACCGGCCUCCUCUCUCGCUCUCACGGUGCAGCGGAGCCCACGUGCUGGAGUUCCUUCGUUACCUUGACCAAUUCGGGAAGACCAAGGUUCACACUCAGCUCUGUCCUUUCUUCGGCCACCCAAAUCCACCAGCACCCUGCCCCUGCCCGCUCCGCCAGGCUUGGGGCAGUCUUGAUGCCCUCAUUGGCCGUCUACGUGCCGCCUUUGAGGAACACGGCGGCAAGCCCGAGGCCAACCCCUUCGGCGCUCGCGCCGUCAGACUCUACCUGCGCGAGGUUCGCGAUUCACAAGCUAAAGCUCGUGGGAUCAGCUACGAAAAGAAGAAAAGAAAGCGACCCCCUCAGCCUCCGCCUCUGCCAUCUGCACCACCUGCUCCUCCUACUGAUUCUCAGUGACAUAUCUGCAGGGCUGAUAUAUGGUAGUUCUACAACUGCUUUUAUAUAAUUAUAUUCUAUGGAAUAUAUCCAAAUUAUGCAUGAAAAAAAAGAAAGAUGUUGCGUGGUUAUCUUCUUUUUUAUUUUCUUUCUUUUGCCCUUUUUAGAUUUAUGUAUGCGCUUUGAGUUAAAUGAGGCAACAUUCCAUGAUUGACAAAAAUAUCAUCUUCUGUUUGUAAGUGUUUCUGGGUUAUGUCGGGUUUAAUUAGUGUGUUUAUACUUUUCUUGUUUUAGCAAAAACUGGGUAAGCACAGCCCUGAUCGGUGCAGUAACACAAAGUGUCAAGGGCAUUAGGUGUCGGGUUCAGUAGCGGAGUACUAGAAAUGGAUACACCAUAUAUCUUUCUAAACUAAAAUGUCAUAGUUUCCAUGGAUCGGUACAGUAGUUGUUUGCUGUUGUGAUCAGUAGUAGUAAGUAGUAGUAGUGUAACAGUGGUGAUGUUUAUAGUAUAGUUUGUAGUAUAAAGUGAAUGUAACUUUAACAUCCCCAAUUUGUCAAA